GCCUCCCACCCGCGCACAACUCCUCUCCGCUCUGCACCAGAAAGGAGCAUCCUCUUCUCUCCGCCCUCCCUCCCUUUCGUAUCCUAUCUCUCUCUCUCUCUAUCUCUCUCUCUCUCUCUCUCUCUCUCUCUCUCAGUCGGUGUGUCCUCAGAAUGAGGUUAGCAGCACCAGUAGCAGCAGCAGCAGCAGCAGCAGUAGAUAGAGACAGCAGAGCUACAGUUACUGCAGCAGCCAGGAGAGGCUGUUCUUCAGCUGUGCACCAUCUACCGCUGCAUUCACCCCUGCCCUGAGAACGCAACGCUCAUCCUUGUGCUCUCUCUCUCUCUCUCUCUCUCUUUCUCUGUGUCGCUUUCUCCUCCUCCCUCACCUUCUGUCCUCUUUGAAUUCAUCUCUUGAAUUCGACUCUCCCUCUCCCUCCCUCUCUCUCUCUCUCUCUCUCUCUCUCUGUAGCAGUGAUGGGGAAGACCACCAUGUAGAGACAGAGAGGCAGUAGAGGCAACAGCAGAAUAGCAGCAAUGGGAAGCCACACAUGGAGCGGUUCUGGACUGCAGCCGUGGUGAGCCUGAGACCAACAGGACUUGUAACCACCAUCAUUGCCCUUCUCAGGACCUGACCACUGGGGCUGUCCAACGCUCACCUGGAUGCUCCCCACUUGUGUUUCAUCGUCCCCUCCUCUCCUUGCUCUCUGCUGCUCUUUCUCCUCUUCUUCUGUUUCUUCUCUUUGAUGUUUUUUUUUGGUCUGCUGAUAUCUGACAGUCUCUCCUGAAACAGAGAAGCUGCUCAUCGAUUUAUCCCCUUGGAUUUUUUUCCCCUUUUUAAUCUCUAUAUCUGCCUACCUACAAGUGGCAUUCUCUUUUUCCUCUUUUUUUGGUUGUUGUUGCCUGCUUGAUACCUAUUUUGGAUUUUUUUGGAUGAGACUGAGCUCAUCUCUCUGUUGUGCAAGCUUUUUUGAUUGAUCUCUAAGCAAUAACAAACACUAAUCUAACUGACUUGACUAGCUGACACCAUGGGGGACAUGUCCAACAGCGAUUUUUAUGCCAAGAACCAAAGAAACGAGGGCAACCAUGCGGCAGGCUUCGGCUGCUCGCUCAUGGACCUGCGCUCGUUGAUGGAGCUGCGUGGCACAGAGGCGGUGGUCAAGCUCCAGGAGGACUACGGGGGCGUAGAGGGACUGUGCAAACGACUGAAAACCUCACCCACAGAAGGUCUCGCAGGUGCCCAGCCUGAUCUGGACAAGAGAAGAGAAAUAUUUGGGAAAAACCUGAUACCUCCAAAGAAGCCAAAAACUUUCCUGCAGCUGGUAUGGGAGGCCCUGCAGGAUGUCACGCUCAUCAUCCUGGAGAUCGCUGCGCUGAUCUCCCUGGGCCUUUCCUUCUACCACCCUCCCGGAGAGAGCGGCGGAGAGACCUGUGGCGCGGCGGCAGGCGGGGUAGAGGACGAGGGCGAGGCGGACGCCGGCUGGAUCGAGGGCGCGGCCAUCCUGUUGUCUGUGGUGUGCGUGGUGCUGGUCACGGCCUUCAACGACUGGUCGAAGGAGAAGCAGUUCCGCGGGCUGCAGAGCCGCAUCGAGCAGGAGCAGAAGUUCCAGGUGGUCCGCGGUAGCCAGGUCAUACAGCUGCCCGUGGCUGACAUAGUGGUGGGGGAUAUCGCGCAGAUCAAAUACGGUGAUCUGCUUCCUGCUGAUGGAGUGUUGAUCCAGGGCAAUGACCUGAAGAUUGAUGAGUCAUCACUGACCGGAGAGUCCGACCACGUCAGGAAGUCUGCGGACAAGGACCCCAUGCUGUUGUCUGGGACUCAUGUGAUGGAGGGGUCAGGGCGCAUGGUGGUGACUGCCGUCGGUGUCAACUCUCAGACCGGAAUCAUCUUCACCCUGCUGGGGGCCGGCACAGAAGAGGAAGAGAAGAAAGAAAAGAAAGGAGGGGCAGUGGAAGACGGACACCAGAACACAGACUGCUCCCAUCCCCCUAUCCACCCUAUCGCAACUAUAGCCACGGAUGGGGCUGCAGGCAUUAAUGCCCCUGGCAGUGCCAGCCUAAUUAAUGGUAAAAUGCAAGAUGGCAAUAUGGAGAGCAACCAGAUUAAAGUGAAGAAGCAGGAUGGAGCAGCUGCCAUGGAGAUGCAGCCUCUAAAGAGUGCUGAAGGCGGAGAGGCCGAUGAAAAAGAGAGGAAGAAGGUGUCCGUUUCGAAGAAAGAGAAGUCGGUGCUGCAAGGGAAGCUGACCAAACUGGCCGUCCAGAUUGGAAAAGCAGGUUUGCUCAUGUCGGCCAUCACAGUCAUCAUCCUGGUCCUGUAUUUUGCCAUUGACAAUUUUGUGAUGCAGAAGCGCCCCUGGAUGCCAGAGUGCACUCCCAUCUACAUCCAGUACUUUGUCAAGUUCUUCAUCAUCGGUGUGACUGUGUUGGUGGUGGCCGUGCCGGAGGGGCUGCCGCUGGCUGUCACCAUCUCCCUGGCGUAUUCUGUCAAGAAAAUGAUGAAAGACAACAACCUGGUGCGUCACCUGGAUGCAUGCGAAACUAUGGGCAACGCCACGGCCAUCUGCUCUGACAAGACAGGCACGCUAACCACCAACCGCAUGACGGCCGUGCAGUGUUACGUCGGAGAUGUGCACUACAAAGAAAUCCCGGAUCCCGGAGUUCUGCCGCCCAAAUCACUGGAGUUACUGGUCAACGCCAUCUCCAUCAACAGCGCCUACACCACCAAGAUACUGCCCCCAGAUAAGGAAGGCGGUCUGCCGAAGCAGGUGGGCAAUAAGACAGAGUGCGGCCUGCUGGGAUUGGUCCUGGACCUGAAGCGGGAUUACCAGCCAAUACGAAACCAGAUCCCAGAGGAGAAGCUUUACAAAGUCUACACCUUCAACUCUGUCAGGAAGUCCAUGAGCACCGUCAUCAAACUGCCUGAUGGCAGCUUCCGCAUGUACAGCAAAGGAGCCUCUGAGAUCGUCCUCAAAAAAUGCAGCCAUAUUCUGAACGAGGUGGGGGAGUCGAGGGUUUUCCGUCCGCGGGACAAGGACGAGAUGGUGAAGAAGGUGAUCGAGCCCAUGGCGUGUGACGGCCUGAGGACCAUCUGUGUGGCGUACCGUGACUUCCCCAGCGAUCCUGAGCCAAACUGGGAAGAUGAGAACAACAUCCUCAGUGACCUCACAGCCAUCUGCGUUGUUGGGAUAGAGGACCCCGUCAGGCCAGAGGUUCCUGAUGCCAUCCAGAAGUGCCAGCGUGCAGGCAUCACAGUGCGCAUGGUGACGGGAGACAACAUAAACACAGCCAGGGCCAUAGCCAUCAAGUGCGGUAUCAUCCACCCUGGAGAGGACUUCCUCUGCAUCGACGGCAAAGAGUUCAACAGGAGGAUCCGCAACGAGAAAGGAGAGGUGGAGCAGGAGCGUAUUGACAAGGUUUGGCCCAAACUGCGAGUUCUGGCCAGAUCCUCCCCAACCGACAAACACACACUCGUCAAAGGAAUUAUUGACAGCACUAUGGCAGACCAGAGGCAGGUGGUGGCUGUGACUGGAGACGGGACCAAUGACGGACCAGCUCUAAAGAAAGCUGAUGUCGGCUUCGCCAUGGGCAUUGCUGGUACGGACGUGGCCAAGGAGGCGUCUGAUAUCAUUCUGACCGACGAUAACUUCAGCAGCAUCGUCAAGGCGGUGAUGUGGGGCCGAAACGUCUACGACAGCAUCUCCAAGUUUCUUCAGUUCCAGCUCACUGUCAACGUCGUGGCCGUCAUUGUGGCUUUCACUGGCGCCUGCAUCACACAGGACUCUCCCCUGAAGGCCGUGCAGAUGCUGUGGGUGAACCUGAUCAUGGAUACUUUUGCGUCCCUGGCUCUGGCGACGGAGCCUCCCACAGAGUCUCUGCUGAGGAGGAAGCCGUACGGUCGCAACAAGCCCCUCAUCUCCAGCACCAUGACAAAGAACAUCCUAGGCCACGGAGUCUAUCAGCUCAUCAUCAUCUUCACUCUGCUCUUUGUUGGUGAACAAAUCUUUGACAUUGACAGCGGCCGUAACGCACCUCUCCACUCUCCUCCCUCCGAGCACUACACCAUCAUCUUCAACACCUUCGUCAUGAUGCAGCUCUUCAACGAGAUAAACGCCCGAAAAAUCCACGGAGAGAGGAACGUGUUUGAUGGCAUCUUCAGGAACCCCAUCUUCUGCUCUAUUGUUUUUGGCACCUUUGCUGUGCAGAUUGUGAUUGUGCAGUUUGGGGGGAAGCCAUUCAGCUGUCAACCUCUGGACCUGGAAAAGUGGAUGUGGUGUGUUUUCCUCGGGCUGGGGGAGCUUGUCUGGGGACAGGUCAUAGCCUCCAUACCCAAUAGCAGGUUGCGUUUCCUGCGGAGGGCCGGCCAGUUAACUCAGAAAGACGAGUUACCAGAGGAGGACGUAAACGAGGAAAAUGAGGAGAUCGACCACGCGGAGAGGGAGCUGAGGAGAGGGCAGAUACUCUGGUUCAGAGGACUCAACCGCAUUCAGACUCAGAUUGAAGUAGUCAACACCUUCAAGAGUGGCACCUCCUUUCAGGGGGCGGGGGCUCUGAGACGCCAAUCAUCCACCACCAGCCAGACCCAGGAUAUCCGCGUUGUGAAUGCAUUCCGUAGCUCCCUCUAUGAAGGCCUGGAAAAACCAGACUCCAGAACAUCCAUCCACAACUUCAUGACACACCCCGAGUUUAGGAUAGAAGACUCCACGCCCAACAUCCCCCUCAUCGACGACACGGACGACGACUCCGCUCGGAGGAGGAGGAAGUACUCCAGCCAGCCCUCGUCCCCCAACAAGAACAACAACGCCAUCGACAGUGGCAUCAAUCUCACCAUCGACACCAGUAAAUCAGCCGCCUCUUCCAGCCCCGCCAGCCCUCUGCACAGCUUGGAGACCAGCCUCUAACCCUGAUCCUAAACCUCAGCUCUAACCUCUAACCUCCUUUCCUUGCAGUCUGGGUGUGCCUCCUCCAAGUCCCUCCAGACCUUUAACUGCAACCUUACACCUUGUCAGCCCCAAAAAUUUCACCCAGUCCAGCUGAAUCCUUACCCUUGCAGCCCGUCCGCCCCCUCCCCACCCCCGAUUUACCGCCUACACAGGACAGGUCCUGUGGCAACAUGUCCCACCCCCCCACCCCUUUAACCUUGAGCUCUUAAAGCUCUCCGCUCCUCUCGAAAAGUAAUACAGCAAGGUGAAAAGAAAAACAAACUCAACAUACAAUCAAAAAAGCGCAACAAAGCCACAAAACCUACACAGCCAUCCUGCUUUUAUGGUUGUAUGUGUACGGUGGCGGCAGUGGUGGUGUGUGUGACUAUAUGCGUGUUAGCAUGUACUGUAUAAGCGUGCCGCUGACUGCACAUCCUGAAUGAACCGAGGAGGACGAUAAGGAGGGAGACACUGCUGAGGAGUGAAAGACCAGAACAGGACAGACUCUCAAACUCCCCUUACACUCCCUCUCCUCAACAAUAACAUUGUCAAUACUGAUAAUAGUUUAAAUUAAAUUGAAAAACAUUGUUAUUAUUCUGAUUCUGAUUCUGAUUAUUAUUGUUAUUAUUAUUGUUGCUCCUGCAUGAAUGUACAUUACCCAAGUUUUAUUUAAAAGGGUUUUCAUUUUAUUGGAGUUCUUUCGUUCUGAUGGAUCUGGCCUCGCGGCGAACUACUAUUUUAAAGACAGCUUCUCUGAGUUCCUGGCCUGCAAAAGUUCCCUCCUCUGUGUGGCAUGAACAUGUACCCGACUGUAAAAAUUUCUUUCAUCCAUAAACGGAAAAUGUGUAACGAGGUGGUAGGGCUCAACUUGCACAGUAGUUUUGCACCUGUCGGAAAAGAGGAACACAAAAUAAUGAUGACGAUAGCAUUUAUGGGAUAUAUUCUAUAAAUAUAAAUACAUAUAAAUAUAUUUAGAGAGAGUUUAUCUUUGUUUGUCGGCAUGUUGCCUUGUUCCUGCUUCAAUGGCUCGAAAUACUUUGACUUAUUUAUGUCUUAAAGAGAAUGUAAUUUGUUUACAACCUCGUAGAGAUAAACUUCCUGGUUUCUAGAAGGAGGGAGGCGAAGCUGAAGCUCAGAAGGACCAGAGCUGUGUUGGUGUGUUAUUACUGAAAAACCAUGUGCUGGAAUUUGCCUGCUAUCUUGUCAAAUAUUGUAGAUAUUUUUAGAGGAUGAACAAACAAAAAGAAACCAAAAUAUAAUGGGAUACGUAGUAAAUGUGGAAUCUUAGUAUUACUCUAUAUGAUUGUUGGGAUCAAGUCGGAGCGGCUUGCCUUUGGUUUUUUUAAACGGAGGCCUCCUUUUUGUGACAGAGGGGGAAUAUUUAAUUCUUUUUUUCACUACUCCUUCUUCUUCUCUCUCUCUCUCUUUUUUUUUUUUUUUUAAUUGUGUUUUUAUUUUCUGUGCUUCAGCGCUGGCCUGGGCUCAGGGCUCGAGUCAAAGGCUGAUAUCAGGACCUUUACAGUGAACUGUCUUCUAGAUAAACCUGCUUGUUCGAAGGACUUGAUGUUUUAAAAAUAUGUGUGACCAUCAAAAGGCUGCAAUCGAGUCAUAUUUAGAAAUUUUCAAAGUUAUAUUUGGCUUAUCUGUACCGCACGGAAAUCAGACUUUUUUUUGUUUUGUUUUUGUUAAAAUUUGGAAUAUAUUGUGCUGUUUUAUUUUUUAUUUAAUUUUGAUUUAUUUUGGUUUUAAAAGAGUUUUCUUUUCCUCUAGCAGAGAGACACAUGCAGCCCCACAAAGCUGUUGGCAUUUUUAACAUCUCAAGAAAAAAAAGGAAAAAACUGACAAAAAAAACAAAACAAAUUACAACAAAAAUGGAAUGUUGCUUUGACUCUUUUUCUAUAUAUAAAAAAGACGAUCCUUUUCUGCACUAUCUGGUUAUGAAUGAAAACUUCUGUGGUGUAAUUCUAGAUGUGCUUUUGUGUGUUUUAACCAAGCUUGUCUUCCUGCCGUCACAGAAUAUACAGUACUCUAGCAUCUCAACUGUACUCACUAGUUGUGAACUAUUUAUUGUGCUUUGACCAAUCAGACAUUACCAGAGAGAAGUUACAUACAGAAGGCACAUUUACCCAGUCUUAUUGCACUCAGAAGGACAAGGCCACUUAACUAGCCUGUACUAUUGUUAUUUCUAUUACUAACCGAAGUCAUUGGCAAGCAUGACAUGAUAGGCUCAUUAUGCAACUUGAAAAAAUUGACAAUUUUUCUACUUUAAAAGAAAAACCUAUACACUACUACAGUAUGUACAAUCAUUUAUCUGAGCAGUUCUAUCUUUUUUCUUUUUUAUAUCCUCCUCCUCUGUCAUUUCCCAGUCGAUCUGUCCAUCUGGAGAGGGUGCACAAGCUUUACCAGUCAGCUCAGGCGUGUUGAAAAAGUAACAUGGACCAUUUGAAUAAAAAAAAAACAAAAAAAAAUCUGUCUUAUUUAAGUUGGGGAAAAAAACAGUCUGGAUUCUGAUAUUCUGCUUAGAAGCUGUUGAUUUAUUUUGUUUCCUUUCCGAUGUUUUAACUUGACAAUUUAUUUGUUUAUUUGUCUGUAAAAAAUUAAAAACAAUAAACAAAACAAAAAAACCAUUACAACAGCAACAACAGCAUUUUCAAUUAAAAAAAGAAAAAAAAAGAAAAAAGACUUAAGCCAACAUUCUCAAACCACUUUUACAUCCAGGAGGACAUUCAGCUUUAAGAGGAUGCAAAGACGUGGAGUUUAAAAAUAAUCUUUGUAAAUAACAGCAGUGAGUCCACUGAGGACAGAAAGCUCCACGCGGACUGGUGUGAAAACAGGAACUCUUCCUGACUACGUCUACCAUCAUGCACCACCAACUGAGUCAUACUGCCGACGCAGCUGUUUGGCUGUAUGUAAUCAAUCACUGCUCCUGUCAGAAACACUUCAAAACAUCGUGAUUACAUCCAAAUGAUAACACGUGUUGUAACAACCAAUAAUUAUGUUGAUGAUGAUGAUGACACCGAUGAUGACGAUGGUGAUGCCGAUGAUAAUGAUAAUGAUGAUAUCAAUGAUACUUCUUGCAAUAUACUCUCACCUGCCUCGAUGUACUGUAUUUAGCAGCAUGCAGUUUGUGGAACAAAGAAAAAGAGAAAUGCCAACAGAUAACUUUUUGGCAUACUUAGCCAUUUAUGGGUAAGUGAUUUAAGUGUUCAUCUUGUUUUUAUGAUAUUUUUUUUAUCUAUACAAUAAUUGUAAAUAAAGAACUCAAUGUCUUUGUUCAUUUAAUACUAUGCAAAAAGUCAUGCUUUUCUGAUUGUUACCCACCCUUAAUCCUAGAGUGUGUUGCUGGAAUGUUUGUGGUCUCAAAAGUCAGUGAAAACAAUGUGAUGUAAAUUAUUUUCUAGCCUGAGGAGAAAGUUAAAUGAUGAUGAAAAUUAUUAUUAUUAUGAUACCAUGAGGAGGAUGAUGAUAAUAAUGGUGGUGACAGUGAUGAUGAUGAUGAUGAUAAUGAUGAUGAUGCUGAUGAUGAUGAACUGUGACUCUUGCUGCUUGACUGUCCCAUUUACCACACUCCUGACAGGAGCGCAAGUGAAAACAUAAUAAAAACAAAAAAAUGAAAAAUCACUAAAUAAAUCUCCCAGAGCAGCAUGACCCAGCAUGGUGUGUCCUGGCCCCGUG